UCCUCUUCUUUCUCUCACCUUUUCUCAAAAAUGGCAUCUUUAGUGGUUUUCAUUGUGGGUUUUCUUUCUUUACUCUCAUUGGCUCAUGGGUACGGUGAAGGAUGGGUCAAUGCGCAUGCUACCUUCUAUGGAGGAGGCGAUGCUUCAGGAACAAUGGGUGGGGCCUGUGGAUAUGGGAAUUUGUAUAGCCAAGGGUAUGGGACCAGCACGGCGGCUCUGAGCACUGCCCUGUUUAACGGUGGUCUGAGCUGCGGGGCUUGUUUUGAAAUUAAAUGUCAAUCUGAUCCCAAAUGGUGCCUACCUGGAUCUAUAGUAGUGACAGCCACUAAUUUCUGCCCUCCAAAUAAUGCCUUACCUAACAAUAACGGUGGUUGGUGCAAUCCUCCCCUGCAUCACUUUGAUCUAUCUGAGCCCAUUUUUCAACAUAUUGCUCAGUAUAAAGCUGGAAUUGUGCCUGUUUCUUACAGAAGGGUUUCUUGCAUGAGAAAUGGAGGAAUGAGGUUUACAAUCAAUGGUCAUUCCUAUUUCAACCUCGUUUUGAUAACAAACGUUGGCGGCGCCGGAGACGUGCAAUCCGUUGAGAUCAAGGGUUCAAGGACCGGAUGGCAGGGGAUGACUAGGAACUGGGGUCAAAAUUGGCAAAGCAACAGUUAUCUAAAUGGACAGGACUUGUCGUUUAAGGUGACCACUAGUGACGGCCGCAGCUUGGUCUCUUAUAAUGUUGCACCGGCGGGUUGGUCCUUCGGCCAAACAUUUACCGGCGUUCAGUUCCGCUGAAAAGUCCAAAUUGCCCUUAUAAAAGAAAUUAUAUACAUAUAGCUAAACUAGGCGGGGGGUUAUUCAAUAGUAGUAGGAAGAGAAAGAAGUGGUGAUUAUGCCCUUAGUUUUUUAAUGGGUAUUUUUGUCAUUUGAAAUAUCUUUUUUUGGUAGCCCUAACCCUAAAUAAGGGAAGGGGACUAUCAAAUUUGGUGUGUUUUUGAGAUGAACUUUUUCUUCUGUUGACGGCCAUAUUAGGUUAAACCAGAAGAUUCAACAGCUGAGGUGGGUAUUUAACCCACCCGGUCACGGCUUACUUUGGGCAUUAUUAAGUUUUUUUGGUGUUGUUUUUAGGUCAAGUUGAACUCCAGCUUGUUGUAGGUGGGCAUUUGGGCCCAAGUUUGUUUUGUGUUGUUUUUAUGCAUGCUUUUCUAAUAUUUAAAUCUAAUGAAAGGUGUGUAUUUGUUUUUUUUAUU